ACCCCACGGCCAUGCCGGUGCCGGGAGCUGCGGUGGCGGCGGCGGCCGGGCUGCUCCUGCUGGUCUUGCUGGCGCCGGCGGCGGCCGCUCGCUUGGCUCCUUAUUUUUGGGUUGACCUGGUGGCCUUCGCCAAGCUGGCGCGGUCGUCCUGGCGGUGCCGGCGGCGUUUGAGCCGCCGACCCGCCCUCACCCUCCUCGACGUCUUCCAGCAGCACGCCCGCCGCCGGCCCCGCCGGCCCCUGCUCCGCUUCCGCGACGAGAUUUACACCUACGAGGACGUCGAACGCCGGAGCAACCGGGCCGCCCGCGCCCUGUCGGGGCUCCUGGGGCUGCGGCCGGGUCAGGCCGUCGCCCUUUUCCUCCCCAACGAACCCGCCUACGUCUGGACGUGGUUGGCCUUGGCCAAGCUCGGCUGCCUCACGGCUUGUCUCAACUGCAACGUGCGGGGCCGGGCGCUGCGACACGCCCUGGCGGCCGCCCGCGCCGCCGUCCUCCUCGCCAGCCCCGAGCUCCAGGCCGCCGUGGAGGAGGUGCUGCCGUCCCUGCGGCGCGACGGCGUCCGCGUCACCUACCUGAGCGCCGCCUCGCCCACGCCGGGCGUCGAGGCCCUGCUGCCCGCCAUCGAGGCCGCCUCCGACGCCCCCCUGCCCGCCCACCACCGCGCCGGCGUCACCGCCGACUCCAAGGCCCUCUACAUCUACACCUCCGGCACCACCGGGCUGCCCAAGGCAGCAGUGAUCACAGAGAUGAAGCUGAUGAUGGUGGCCAACCUGAGCCGGCUCUGUGGCCUGCGGCCUGACGAUGUCAUCUACACGACGCUGCCGCUCUACCACUCGGCCGGGCUGCUCAUCGGGGUGGGAGGGUGCCUCGAGGUCGGAGCCACCUGUGUCCUACGGGCCAAGUUCUCCGCCUCCCAGUUCUGGGACGACUGCCGCCGCUACGACGUCUCCGUCAUCCAGUACGUGGGCGAGCUCAUGCGCUACCUCUGCAACACGCCCAAGCGCGCCGACGACCGGGAGCACGGGGUGCGCUUGGCCUUGGGCAACGGGCUGCGAGCGGAGGUGUGGAAGGAGUUUCUCCAUCGCUUCGGCCCCAUCGCCAUCUGGGAGUUUUACGGGGCCACCGAGGGCAACGCCGGCUUCAUCAACUACACCGGGAAGAUCGGGGCGGUGGGCAGAGCCAACGUAUUCGUCAAGAGUUUCGCUCCCUUUGAGCUGAUCAAGUACAACGUGGAGGAGGAUGAACCCAUACGUGACGAGCGAGGACUCUGCAUCCGAGCCCACCCUGGCGAGACGGGGCUGCUGGUCAUCAAAAUCACCAAGAACACCCCUUUCCACGGCUACGCUGGCGAUUCCCAGAAGACAGAGAAGAAGGUCUUGAGGAAUGUCUUGGUCAAAGGCGACACCUUCUUCAACAGCGGCGACCUCCUCAUGAUCGACCACGAACGAUUCGUCUACUUCCAGGACCGCGUGGGAGACACUUUCCGUUGGAAAGGCGAGAACGUGGCCACGACGGAGGUGGAGGCCACUCUUGCCAUGGUGGACUUCAUCCAGGAGGUCAACGUCUACGGCGUGUCCGUGCCCGGGUGCGAGGGGAGGUGCGGCAUGGCGGCCAUCCGCCUGAAGGCCGGGGCGACCUUCGAGGGCGAGAACCUCUACGCCUUCACUGGGGACACGCUGCCCAGCUACGCCGCCCCCCGCUUCGUGCGGAUCCAGGACGCCCUGGAGAUCACAGGGACCUUCAAGCAGUGCAAAGGCAACCUCGUCAAAGAAGGCUUUGACCCCAACCUCAUCAAAGACCCCCUCUUCUUCCGCGACGACAAGGUGAAAUCCUACGUCCCCCUGAGCCCCGACGUCUACGCCGCCAUCCUCGCCAUGAAGCUCAACCUGUAGAAGGACGAGCCACGCCACGCCGGGGUUUCCACGAUGCCCCGGGGCGUUAAUUGCCUCGGGGCAACUGGCAAGGCCAAUUUGGGGCUAAUCGGGCAGUUUUUGCUUCCUUUGGGGUGUUUUUAACGGUGCUGGAGCAUGCCGCGGGUGACGGGCUGGCCUCGGCGCUCGCUGCUACCCCAGCCCGGCGCCUCAGUGCCACGCUGGCUGCGGAAAGUAAAGGCUUAAUUCCGAUUAUUUGGGUCCAGGCGGGUGCUGGGUGGAUGAGGGCCGUUUUUCUGGCGACUGACCCGCUCGCUUUCCUUCCUGGAGGGGGCAGAUAGUGCCCAAAACCCUCCCCGCAGCCAGUAAAGGAACAUUUGCUCAG